AUGACGGCACCACAAACGGUAGCACAGGCCGAUGAGGCCAUCAAGGCCGGCAACACUCAGGAAGGCGAGCGUAUCCUCAAAUCCAUCCUCUCCAACCAAUCCACUACAACCGAUGAUGCGCAGCUCAAGGAGCAAGAAGCGGCUCUCCUACGACUCGGAGAGCUCUACCGCGACACCAAGAAUGCCGAUGCUCUGGCAGAGACCGUUCGAUCCUCACGCACGUUCAUGAGCUCCAUCGCCAAAGCCAAGACCGCCAAGCUCGUGCGCACGCUCAUCGACUACUUUGAAGGCAUCCCCGGCAGCCAGCAGACGCAGAUCCAGGUUGCCAAGGAGAAUGCCGAGUGGGCCAAGUCCGAGAAACGCAUCUUCCUCAAGCAGAACCUCGAGACGAAACUCAUUGGUCUCUACUUUGAGAGUAAAAAGUAUCGCGAAGCAUUGCCUCUGAUCGACACGCUGCUGCGCGAACUCAAGAAGCUCGACGACAAGAUGAUCCUCACCGAAGUGCACCUGCUCGAAUCCAAGGUCAACCAUGCCAUCUCCAAUUUGCCCAAAGCGAAAGCGGCGUUGACAUCCGCAAGAACCGCAGCGAACUCGAUCUACUGCCCGCCUACACUUCAGGCUCAGCUCGACAUGCAAGCCGGUGUGCUGCAUGCAGAAGACAAGGACUACACCACCGCCUACUCGUACUUUUUCGAGACGCUCGAAGGCUUCGCUCUGCAGGAGGACGCGAGAGCACCGCUGGCGCUCAAGUACAUGCUGCUGUGCAAGAUCAUGCUCAACCUCUCCGAGGACGUCAACAGCAUCAUCAGCGGCAAACACGCCACCAAGUACGCCGGUAGAGACGUCGAGGCCAUGAAGGCGGUAGCCAAGGCGCACGAGGAUCGAAGUCUCGAAGCAUUCGAACAGGCGCUCCGAACGUACAAGGAUGAGCUCUCCAACGAUCCGAUCGUCAAGAACCACCUGUCGGCGCUGUACGAUACGCUGUUGGAGCAGAACCUGUUGCGCGUCAUCGAGCCGUAUUCGAGGGUGGAGAUCGCACACAUCGCAAAGGAGGUCAGACAACCGGUGAGGGAGGUAGAGGUUAAGCUGAGUCAGAUGAUUUUGGAUAAGGUGUUCCAUGGAAUUCUGGACCAGGGCGCCGGUUGUUUGGUCGUGUACGAUCAACCGGUGGAGGACAAGACGUAUCAGGUGACGUUGGAUACGUUGAAGCAUGUGGGCAAUGUGGUGGAUUCGCUAUACAAGAAGGCGAAUAAGCUUUCGUGA